AGGAAGCAGGAAAUGUAGAUGUUUGGGUGCAGCAGGGAGGCUGACGGAGCGCCCCUCAGGUGGGAGCACUGCCAGGGCAGCAUGCGAAACCCCAGCUUUAUCACUCUGCUCUCUGCCCUGUCGCUGGCUGGAGGAUCUUUUGGAAAUGGCCCUGAAAAUGAUGGAUCAGGAGAUGGACCAUCGACAUUACCCACUGUUACAGUAACAUCUCAUCCUGCUAUGGGUUCUUCGACCGUGAAUGACCAUGAGACAGUACUUGUCGCGACAAGCGCUACUGAAAGCAGCUUUGAAACAGAAAGUACUUCAAGUAGUGAACCGAAUGCUGUGAAUGAUGAGGACAGCCUAGAAGCAGCAGAACAGUCUAUCUUGAUAUAUGUUGUCCCUGUCGUGCUGCUGGUCCUGCUGAUUUUAUUGAUCACAUUUUUCGUAAUGCAUCAUAAAAGGAAAAAGUCUAAGCAAGAUGAGCUGGGAAGUGAAAAUGUGAAAAGUCCUAUUUUUGAAGAAGACACGCCCUCUGUUAUGGAGAUAGAAAUGGAAGAGCUUGAUAAAUGGAUGAACAGCAUGAACAAAAAUGCUGACUGUGAAUGUUUGCCUACUGUAAGAGAAGAAGAAAAAGAAUCAAUUGCCAACCCAAGUGAUGGUGAAUCAUGAAGUCAGAACAGCAAAGAACUGGACAAAGGGAAGCAGCACACAAGCUAACCAUCCCCCAGAUAUUGGAAGAACUGGAUUUAAAUAUAAUUCACCUCAAAAGGC